AUGUUCUCCACCACUUUGACUACUUUCCUUGCCGCUUCGGUCGGCUUGGUUUCGGCCGCUUCCAUCCCGAUCCGGGAUGCUGGCAAGUCCGGCUCCUCCAGCAUGACGCCCCACGAUGCCUUCUCUUCUUCCAUCGGUGUUCUUGGCUGCAAGAUUGACGUCAACCGUGUUGCCUACUGGCCCAGCUCUGUCGGCUGCGACGACAUCUGCGUCAAGGUCUCCAACGGCGACCGCAGCGUCAACUUGCUCCGCAUCGACCAGUCGGGCGGUGCCUUCGACAUCUCCUACGAUGCCUGGAACUACCUCAGCACCGGCCAGUCUGCCACUGAGGCUCCCACUGAGGGUGGUGGUGUCCCCAUGAACUGGGAGGCUGUCCCUGCCAGCGAGUGCAAGCACCUUCUCAAGGACGGCAAGCUACCCCUCUCUGCUGCCAACAGCAUGAACUACCUGUCCUCUUGCCUCGCUCAGCCCGAGAGCUUCGUGGCCAAGAAUCACGUCCUCUACAAUAUUCAGAACUCUGCUUGCACCUGGGGUGUUGAUGAGGUAUGCAACCUCGACCUGGCCGUCAGCAACCAAGCCUCGUGCCCCAGCGGUCUCGGCAGCACCAAGGCAUUGACCGACCUUCCUGUCGAGAACAUCGCCUACGGCACUGGCAAGCUUUCCGUCGCUGUUCAGUGA